AUGAGUUGGCGCCACAAGUGGCCCAGAACGCCCCGCGAGAGCCACCACGACUCAGCGGCCCGCGAAUCGUCUUUUCAAAACUCCGUCUUGGUCAGAGAAUGGCCUGCAGCCGCCCCAGGAUUUGACCCCGGUCCAAAUUUUGGCGCGCAACGAACCGGACCGUUCAAGGUUAUCGAGACCUACCCCAACGUGUGUCGCCUCGCCCUCCCCACGCGCUGGAGGAUCCAUCCAGUUAUCUCCAUCGAACACUUGCAGCCUCACCCUCGUGAGCAGGAUCCUUUCAACCGCGACACAGCGUUCGAGCCACCGGAACAGACCGACAACGCCAACCACUAG